AUGCCAGACGUCGUGUUUGAUAUCGUUGGUACUUGUAUCUCUUAUGAAAAAUGUAUUGAAGCCAUUGAAUCCAGACUUGGAGAAAGGUUCAAAAAAUCAGGCAUUGAUCCAAGACUAUUUUUUUUCUUCUGGUUAGCUGGUUGUGAAAGAGACUACUCUUAUUUGUCGCAAUGCAAACAAUACCAGACUUUUGGGGACAUCUUCAAAUACACGUUUUACAGAUCUUUGUUUUUUGCGGGAAUCAAAGAACCAAGAGAAUAUGCAACUGAUGACGACUUACAGUAUGUUUACGACGAAUGGCUUAAGCUUGAAGGUAGACCAGAAUUGAAAGAAAUGUUCAAGCGUUUGAGAGAUUAUGGCUUCACUAUUUGGUGUUUGACAGAUGCUUCACACGAUAGAGUAGCUGGCUACUUCAAAAGAUCUGACGUCUUCAUGCCAGACGAAAACUUGAUUUCUUGUGACUCACUCGGUAUCGGAAAACCAGAAGCAGGAGUUUACAAAUUUAUUGCCGACAAGAUUCCAUCUUCGGGUAACGAUGCAUUUUUUGCAGCUUCUCAUAUGUGGGAUUCGGCCGCUGCUAAGCAGGGUGGUUUCAUCACAGCAUGGUCUAAUGUUCAUGAGAAGGAGCCUUGUCUCGAAAUUUUUGGCUCUCCUGAUAUUCUUGCUGAAGGUUUAGUUGACAUGGCUGACAAAAUCAUUGCAAAACAUAAAGAGCUAUCUGGUAAAUAAUGCUGAUUUAGUUACUGUAAGCGAUAUAGAAUGCAAUACUAAAAUUAAAAGUAAAUUUUGGAAUGUUUUGAUAUUAAAGACAAGACUCAUGCCAGAGAUAAGGCCCAACCAAACUUCGUUGAAAUUUCAAACCAGUAAACGCACUUGAGACCUUCCUUAUUAAUUUUCCAGGUGUGUUCUAUAAUAACCAAAAUUCUUUGAAAGUUUUUCACAGGAAAAGAGUUUGACAUCUGCAACACUUUUUCCGCGAUAAAGGAACGGUCACAUUUUGAAAUACAUGACAUACCAGCCACAAGCAAUGGAAAACAAAGUGAGGCU